CCGCCUCAGGCAUCUUCCCUCCAUCCGCCCCGCGAUGCGCUGUGCGUUAUGACGCCAUGCCGUUUGACGGGUGCUCUACGUGGGACUGGCAGCACGGCACAGCAGCCGGGGCCCUCGUUACGUAACGCGUCGGAUGCGGCUGCACAGCUGAGAUUAGCAGUGGGAACCGACUAAAGGCUGCUUUACCAUCGAAGAUCCCCGCGUUAGUUUCGCGACUGAGCGCAGAAAUCCAUCCUCAAAGAAAUGCUGACGGUAAAUCGCGGGAGCGCAGUGUAACCGACUCCGUGUGGGCAUCGCCGGCCUAAGCCCGUGGUGCACAGACGUCUGGAGCCCGCGGAAGGUGCGCUGCUUCGCCUUCGCCCCGUGUUCGUCGGCCAGAGGCGCGUCUUCGUUCGCACUGUCUCGUCCAUCAGUGGAAAUAAACCAAUGCGGGUUUGGUUUAGUCCAGAAACAGGAUCACUUUUACUUCUCCAUCGCACUGCUUCAAUCCAGCAGCCUCCGAGCUGUGACAUAAACAAUGGCGGGUCCCGAGCAGCAGCAGCAGCAGCAGCAGGUGGAGGAGAAGGCAGAGCACAUAGAUGAUGCUGAGAUGGCCCUGCAAGGCAUAAACAUGCUGCUCAACAACGGAUUCAAAGAGAGCGACGAGCUUUUCAGGAGAUACAGGACCCAGAGCCCACUGAUGAGCUUUGGGGCCAGUUUUGUCAGUUUCCUGAAUGCCAUGAUGACGUUUGAGGAGGAAAAGAUGCAGAUGGCCUGCGAUGACCUGAGGACCACUGAGAAACUGUGCGAGAGCGACAGCGUCGGCAUGAUAGAGACAAUCAGGAACAAGAUCAAGAAGAGCAUGGACUCCCAGAGGUCAGGUGUUGUUGUUGUUGACCGCCUUCAGAGACAAAUUAUUGUUGCUGACUGUCAAGUGUACCUUGCCGUGCUCUCAUUUGUCAAACAAGAACUUUCAGCAUAUAUCAAAGGAGGCUGGAUUCUCCGUAAGGCAUGGAAAAUGUACAACAAGUGCCACAGUGACAUCAGCCAGCUGCAGGAGGCCUGUCAGCGGAGGUCCUCUGUCAGCCAGGACUCCCUCUCCGCUGACAACGCCAACCACAACGCUCCGGUGGAGAACAGCGUGACCAUGGAGGCGCUGGGCCGACUGAAGGGCUCCGUCAGCUUCGGCUAUGGCCUCUUCCAUCUCUGCAUCUCCAUGGUACCGCCUCACCUGCUCAAAAUUAUUAACCUGCUGGGCUUCCCGGGCGACCGACUGCAGGGCCUGUCCUCCCUCAUGUAUGCAAGCGAGAGCAAGGACAUGAAGGCACCACUAGCUACGUUGGCCCUCUUGUGGUACCACACUGUAGUGCUACCUUUCUUUGCUCUCGAUGGCUCUGACACACACGCGGGGCUAAUGGAGGCCAAAGCAAUUCUGCAGAGAAAGUCCGUGGUUUACCCCAAUUCAUCUCUCUUCAUGUUCUUUAAAGGACGUGUCCAGAGGCUGGAGUGCCACAUCAACAGUGCUUUGGCCUGUUUCCAUGAUGCAUUAGAGCUUGCAUCAGACCAAAGAGAGAUCCAGCAUGUGUGUCUCUAUGAGAUUGGUUGGUGUAGCAUGAUUGAGAUGAAUUUUGAAGAUGCGUACAGGUCGUUUGAAAGGCUGAAGAAUGAGUCACGCUGGUCACAGUGCUACUACGCCUACUUGACCGGAGUGUGUCAGGGCGCUUCAGGUGACCUAGAUGGGGCCAGUGGAGUUUUCAAAGAUGUGCAGAAGCUGUUUAAGAGAAAAAACAACCAGAUAGAACAGUUUGCUGUCAGAAGGGCUGAAAGACUGAGAAAGAUCUCACCCACCAGAGAGCUAUGCAUCCUUGGUGUGAUCGAAGUGCUGUAUCUAUGGAAAGCUCUUCCAAACUGCUCCUCAUCUAAACUACAGAUAAUGAAUCAGGUGUUACAGAGUUUAGAUGAAGCUUCGUGCAGAGGCCUGAAACACCUCCUUCUCGGUGCCAUUCACAAAUGUCACGGAAAUAUGAGAGACGCUAUUCAGUCGUUCCAGCUGGCCGCCAGAGACGAGUACGGACGACAGAUCAACUCAUACGUUCAGCCAUACGCCGUCUACGAGCUGGGAUGCAUACUGCUGGCAAAACCAGAGACAGUGGGAAAGGGAAGGUCGUUUCUACUUCAAGCAAAGGAGGAUUUUACAGGCUACGACUUUGAGAACAGGCUUCAUGUCCGCAUUCACUCAGCCCUGGCCUCGUUGAAGGAAGUAGUGCCUCAGUGACUCCGCAAAGAAGCUCCAGUGGCUCCAGCUAUGCUAAUGGCUUUUUACACAAUGUUUCAAGGCUGUCAGUCUAAGUAUUCAGCAUUCUAGUGAUGAGCCCAUGUUCUUUAUUUUUUAAAGGAUUUGGAGAAAUACACUUGUUUGUUAGCUCACGCAGGCUGAAAAGAGACCAUUCAGGACAGAAAUGGUUACAGUGUGUGCACUAGCUUAGCACAAAUACUGAAAGCAGAAGCUAAUGUGGCUAGCAUGUUAAAACCGUUGCUAAAAUGUCAAAGCUGUCACAUCAUUGCAGACCUUUUGUUGCAGCAAACUAGUUUAAUAAUAACUAUAUAGAUGUUUUGUUAAUGUUCAAGCCCUUGGCGCCAACUAGAUGGUUUAUUUUUGUUUGUUUGUUUGUUUGUUUGUUUGUUUCUGUGUUAGCCAUUUCCCCUUACUGCCAGUCUACCGUAUGUGCUAAGCUAUGCUAAAUACAUCCCCAGGCUAUUUCUGAUCUCAAUGUGCAGAUAUUAAACUGCUAUUAAAACUCUAAUCAGCACAACAAAAAAAUAUAUUUCUUCAAAUCUCUAAAUGGUUCUUUUACACAUUUUCUGCAAAGAAAUGUAUUAGCUAGCUAGUAUCAAUCUUUGUCAUUACCUUACCGUGUAUUUUUGUUAGCCUCAACCCUCAAAUGAGCAAUUCAACACAUAAAAACAAUCUCGUAAUGAGACUAUGUUUCAUACUUUUGCAAAUUUACAGUGAGUAAUAACACACACACAUUACAGUGCUUUACAUUAUUUAAAAUAUGCAGAUGACACUUGUACAACUUACACAAAUAGUGAAAUAGUUUUAAUAAUGACAGUUCAUAAAAACAGAUCACAACUGAUUCUAGACUUCACAAUUAGAGCUUUGUUUUACGGAAUCUGCUUGUCGGUUUGCAAAAUACCCAUUUCGAUUCUUUUCAUACCCAAUGGGAAUGAAACGAUAAGCUAACUAGCCUCAGUAUCACAGGUAUAUUACAAUAAAACGAUAUAAAUACCAUAUAAAUGUAAAAGAAAUCCUUAGUCACUUAAAAACACACAUUUUAACUGCUAGGAAACUGUGUUUAGUCACACUGAAGUAGUCAGACAUCAAACCUUUAUAGUAAAAUGAGAAAUUGCUGCACUUCACAAUGCCCCAAUCCUUAUAUGACAACAUAGGGCAUCCUGUGCACUAUGCAUGGUAUGGCAGGGUAACUCUGGCUUUACUGAAGUCAAACCUCUAUGUCCAUCCCUACAAAUACAUCACACUAUCGUAAUACAGUACACUCAGUGCUGUAAUGUUGCCAUUAAAGGUGCUGCUAAAUGUCAGCCUAAUAAUCUUCAAUUACCAGUGACUUAUUUUAAUGGUGUUUUAGUGAUAUAUGCUUUUGAUUUAUUGCAAUAUAGUGGCAAGUUAAUUUAUUACAAAAACAAGUUGUACUUUUUCAGUAUUUGAGUUAAAAGUCUGCAAAUCCUCUAAUGGCCAGCAACCUAGAAGGCAGUGUUACUGAUUUACAUCUGGAUUUAAAACAAUGUGAACUUGAAAGAGAUAAGUAAUAUUAUUUCUAAGUAAUAAGGAAUUUUAACAGCGUUUCUUAAUUAUUCCAAGCAGGGUAUAGCCUUCUGGGUCACGGUCAUCUAAGCAAUAGAAGCAAGAGAACACAUUCAUUCACAAAGGCUUUCAACAACAACAACUGUGUUUGCACCCCAUGUGGAAACUGUGGGCAGAUUUGUUUUGCUUACACUGACUUGUCAUCCCGUUACUGUGAUGGAUGUAAAGUGUGGUAAGUGUUGAGGUGACCACAGUGCAAGUGGUCAGUGCAGUGCAAGUGAUGUAAUGAUGAAAUGUCAGUAAGAUGUUGCUUAGAAACUGUAACAAACGCUCCCGUCACUGAGACUUUUUUUUGUCAUAAGACUUGAUUAAAAUUGAGGUUAAAUGUCAGGAUAAUGGUGUAAUGUGUCAUUGAAAACUACAAUAAACUGUUCUUCAUUAAUCAAAUAACAAGUGAUUUU